AUGGUUGUAGGAGUAAUGUACAAAAAUCUUACCGAGUUGUUUACAUCAGACAAGAACACUAGAGGAACCAACAAAAUAAGGUUUGUAUUUCAGCAGCAAGAAAAUCAAAUACGUUUGUUAAAUCAAAGUAUGUAAAAAAAUAAUAAAGAAAAAACUAAAUUAUACAACAUCCUUCACGUGUAUGGCGAAGAUAAUGAUUACAUCCAAACCUACCUCAUGGUUUUAAAUUAUUGUCUCUUUUCAAAAACCAAGGCUCAGAAGUAGAGGUGAGCAAGCAUUGACAACUUUUGCAAGAGAUUUUAAUACAUUUUACAUAUUUUUUUUUGUUUUGAAUAAAUGUAUUCACAUAUUUGUUUGCUUCGAAGCUAUUUAAAAUUUCAUUCAGUAUUUUUUGUUGUUUUUGUUUCAGGGUGCUGAACUCCAUAAUCAUGUCCGUUGAAAUGUACCCCGAGCCUGCAGAUAUACUGCUGGAGAACAUCACCUUGGUUUUUAAACACAUAAAGGUAUGUACAUCACCUUUACAAUGAAAGAAAUUCACAUCCCCCUUUUACACCUUGUUAAAUCUGUAGCUUUCUCCAUGACAGUUUGCCUGACACUCGAAACGUUAGCUCUGUAAUCUCUCUACGGUGGGCAAUUCACGGUAUCAACUCAGCUAAUAACGCUCAACCAUCUCAUGAUUUUAAGCUUGUGUAUAAGAUCUUAGAUUUUAAACUUUAUAUUUCCCAUUAAGAGAUUAUAGACUGAGUUUAAACUUCUUCUUGAUUCGUUCUUUUUAAAUUCAUUUCAGGCCGGUGGAAAAAGCAGAGAGUGUGUAUUCUGGGACAUGUUUGGAGAUGGGUAAGGCUCGCUCUUUUCGGACGAAAUCUACUUCUUGCACAACAUGUAUUAUGCUGGCCAUUUAGACAGCUCUGUUAGAUUCUAUACCCUGGAACUAAACCACAUAAAUUUUCUUUUAUUUUUUGUAUAAAGUCCCGUAGAUUGGUCAGGGCAAGGAUGUUUCACCAGAAUUAUGAGCGAAUCCCAAACGGAAUGCAAGUGCAACCAUUUAACUCACUUUGCUGUUCUAAUGGAUAUCACCGAAAGUAUAGAUGAAAGUAAUGCAGGGGAUACAAAGGUAUAAGUUUCAUUUAGUGUUCUUUCUAUGGUGUAUAAUUGUAUCAGUUGGCAGCACGUAUCAUUUCAAGUUCAUAUUCCAAUAAAACAAGGUACUUACGGAGAAAAUGCAUUUGUAGUGUAAGUACUUAAAAAAGCUUUGCUGGACAAUCCGUUCGCUUGGCUAACAUAAAGUGUUUCAAAAACAUUAAGUUAGGGGUACUCUGGCUUGAAAGAAAGAAUACACCUAACACUAUGUUGGGUCGAUUGUAUUCAGAUCCCAUAUCCUGAAGGCGCACAUUUUUGGCUACAAUCGGCCACAAGAAGGCAGAUAGUAACAUAAAGUGUUUCCAAAACAGUCACUUAGGAGUACUGUGGCUUGAAAGAGAGAAUACACCUAAAAACGUGUUGGGUCAAUUGCACUCAGAUUCCAUAUCCCAAAGGCGCGCAUUUUUGGCUACAACCUGCCACAGGAAGGCAGAUAGUAACAUAAAGUGUUUCCAAAACAGUCAGCUAAGAGUAAUGUGGCUUUACAGAGAGAAUACACCUAAAAAUUUGUUGGGUCAAUUGCACUAAGAUUCCAUAUCCCAAGGGUGCGCAUUUUUGGUUACUAUCAGCCACAAGAAGGCGGGUUCAUAUGACACCCUAAUUCCUAUGGGCAUGGAAUAUUCAUUAAAUCAUUAGUUUCCCUUAAAGUACCCCAGAAGUUCAGGAGUAUGGUUUUACGCCAAAGAGGUCCAUGUAAAAUGGUAUCCGCGGGUUUCGCCCAUAACGAGUUUCGCCCAAGAAGCGUUUCGCCCAUAACGAGAAUGGUUUCGCCCAGGCAUAAAUUCGAUUUAAGUUAAAGCUUUCGUACCGCACGCUUCGUCGGAGUAGUAAAGCUAUUCCACGCGCGCGCACUCAUGAACUUGAUUAGUUUCUAUCUCUUUUCCAAUUAUAUGUUGCCGUUACCUAUGUCAGAAAUACAAUCUUUAACUCUCGAUUCCUUUGUUUUAGUAUUCACGAAACCGUAUUCACAUGUAUUCAUAAGCUGGCGUGCGGAACUUAUCUUCCGUGUACAAAAGAUUUGCAACGAUGAUAUGUUCCACGCGCAAGUGUUUUCAAAAGCGUUUAAUUUAAUUCUCGAGAAGAAAAGUGAUAAAAAAAAAAUCAUAGCAAUGCUUUUACGACAAACGGACGUCUCUGCAGUAUUUCGUGCGCGAAUUACCUUAACAAUCCCCGCUCCACAGUGAAAGCUAUAAUUGCCUUGUUCGUUUCAACAGUAACUUGUUCGUUUCAAAAUUUCAUGAUCUCAGGUCAAGUCACUUUUCUUCAUUCUGUGCAUACAAACGUUUAUAAGGUUGACGUUUUCCGAGUGAGAGUGUAGAAGUUUUACUUAUGGGCGAAACCUUUAUUGUUCUGGGCGAAACCAUUCUCGUUCUGGGCGAAACGAUAUGUGCGAAACUCGUUAUGGGCGAAACCCGCUAUAACCAUGUAAAAUGAAGGUAAUACAUUUCAAUUGACUUCAAAGGAAAAUGACAAGAUACUGACAGUUCUUACACACGUGGGGAUGGCUUUAUCGCUGGCUGGAGUUUCUAUAACAAUAAUCAGUUAUAUACGGCUAACGUAAGUCCACUUCAUUCAAAUGCUAUAACUUGGGUGUUUAAAAAAUUGCUUGAGGUAUUGGUCAAUGUAGCAUGAAGGAUGUGAUCUUUUUUAUUGUGUCGUCUGAUAGUCCAGGUGAGAGUAGAGAACCUUCUGGUCAGCAAAGACUGACGUCUCGUCAAUCUCAAUAAACUUGGGAGGUAGGGUAACCUGACGGUGGUUUGAGACAUUCUGUUGGUGGAAUUUAUUUAAACUGAGACAAAGUAACCCACAAAGUUAAAAAGAAAGUCAGCUGUGAAAUGUGCACAAGGUAGACAGAGAGUUAAGGGCCAAGGACAUCACCACCACAUUAAAUAUGAAUUUAUUGACUAAAAACGCUUCGGGAGGUAAGUUUUCUCUUUCUUGACUUCCUCAGUUGAAUCUUCUUCCUUUUGGUUUUCAUAUUUCUUUACACGUCUAUCUGUUUGGGCUUCUGUAGAGACAGGCAAGCACCCCUGUUCCAUAGUCGGGUGGGACUAACAUCUUGCAUUGGAGCUGGACACAUUGUCUUUUUUGCUGGGAUUGAUGCCACAGAAAACAAGGUGAGAGUUGGAGCAGAAUGCUUUACAUCUUUAUCCUUCAGUAUUAUUUGUUUAGAUGAAUUUGUCUGAGCUGUUUCUUUUUCUGAUGAUUGCUCGCUUAUCAGUACAUCAGCCAACUGAUGAUGAUUCCUUAUAGGCUGCCUGUGUUACAAUUGCUGCUCUCAUGCAGUACUUCUUGAUGGCAGCUUUCUGCUGGAUGCUUGUUGAAGGAGCUUACAUUUACUUAUUUGUGGUAAAGGUGUACAACGUCAACGAUAAAAUCUGCCGCUUUCAUGGUCUUUGUUGGGGUAAGGAAAGCUACUUCUUGAGAUGUGAACACUAAAUCCCGUUGAAAACUAGGCCCCUAAGGUAAAUCGAAUAAAGCAAAGCAAUUAUCGACCGAAAAGGAUUUGCGACUGACGAUGUGUUAAUACCAAAAUUCGGAUUGGCCAUCAGCACUUACCAGAAAAGCCUUGAAGUCUUGAAGAAUAGUUACUAUUUUUGUCAGUAUGACAAAGCGAAAGCAAUUACGAUGGGCCAUUUGUAAAAGUAGAUAUUAUAGCCGUCAAAUCUAUCUAGUAUUUGUAAUUGUCAACAAUGCCUAUUUUUAUUCAUUGUGCUUUUUUGCUAUAGGACUUCCUGCGGUCAUGGUUACUGCAUCUUUGGGUAUUGUUGCAAGAAAAGAUGGAAUCGAAAAUUAUGUCAGUGACCAGUAGUAAGUUUGAAUGUUUACCUAUUAAAUCCUCUCUAUGGAAGUAUCGCAGCGGAUAUGUGACUUGGCAGCUGCCUGAACGGGGAGAACCCAGUGGAAGGGGUGUGAGCUCCCCUCUAGCAAUCUUCCUCACCUCGUAUGUGUGGAUCGAAACUAAGUCGUCUAUCUUUUUUUCUUUCUUCCGAAAUGAGUUGGCGUUUCUUUCUCUUCAAUUUCCCUUGUUUUAUUAAUUAAUAUAUUCAUCCAUCCAUUUUUUCCUGUUUUUUCCAAACUUCAAGCUGCUGGAUAUCUUCAAGAAACAAAAUCAUCUGGACAUUUGUUUCCUUUGUUGGACUAAUUGAACUUGUAUGUGAUGAAACUUCUUUUUAACAUAAAUUUCGCACUUCUCACAUGCAACUUAUCUCUUAGCACUUCAUCUCCUCCAGCUCAUAGACCUAAUCAAAUUUUUUUUUUUUAAUUUUUUAAAGUUUUUUUUUUAUAUAUAGAUAAAUAUAUAUAAAGGAGAGACAGAUGGGAGGAAUCCAUUUAUCCAUCCACUACACCACAAACAUCAAUAAAUAAUAAAGCGUCUUGAGAACGAAUUUAUAUCCACAAAGCUAUAUAAUAGCGGAAGGCUUUGGAACUUAAGCUAUUUGACCUAUUUUUCAAAAUAUACUCCAGUUAUUUUUCAUACUCUUGCGCCAAAACAUUUCUUAUUGAAAAUCCUAUUUAGUGGAGUCGGCAUCACUCUUAGCUGCCGCCCCUUUUUCCCGCUUCUGUCCUAUUUUUUCUCAUAUUUUAUACCAUUCCUGAUGGACAAUAUACAAAAAUUAAACUACUUAUAUUCCUAUUAUUGCUUGUAAAGAUUAAUAUAGCGAUCCUCGUGCGAGUUAUCAAGGAAGUUACCACAAUCCAACAAGUGAAAGACAACCAGAGUGAGCAGAUCAGGUAGGAUGAACAUUUCCCUCUUCCUAUGAAUCACACGAUCCUUUCAACAUAGCUAUUCCCAGAAGAAUGCCAGAUACUUGUCACAAAUGAACUUCAUAAUGGUAUAGCACAUAAUCGAGUACUGUAGCUCCGUUGUUGGACGUCCGAGUGCGAAAUCCGACGGUCUGGGGUUUGUUUCCCUGAGGAAUCGAGUUUUCAGGUUGAAUACAAAUCUCUUUUUCUCCUUCAGGGUUGGUGUUCGAGCAUGCGUGGUGUUGACUCCGUUGCUUGGAGUUACAUGGCUGAUAGGUUUCUUGUCGCCAUUGCACAUUGCCUUUUCUUACAUUUUUGUCAUCCUAAACUCUAUACAGGUAAAGUACAAAGCUAAGGGCUGAUACGCCUGAGGUGCUACUUCUAGAGGAAUGUUAAGGCGUAUUUCCAAGAAGAUGAUUAUCAAAAUUUCGAAAUGAGAAAGGUGUAACUCAGAUUAAAUUUCCGAUUCGGAAACUUUUAAAGUUAAUGUCAAGCACAAAGAGAACUUGAACCGAGAAAAAUGGUUAAAUUAGGUUGUGAUGGCCUAUCUCUAAAACUACAGACCUGCUAAAACCUCUAAAGUACCAAGAUAGAAAAGAAUGAUUGAAAAUGAAAAGACGUGUGGGACCGCUAAUUUCACGAGAAGACUCUUUAAUUAUGGUAAAAAAAGAAAUUUGACCCUUUAACUCCCAUGAGUGACCAACACAGAAUUUUCCUUACAAUAUUAAUACAAUAUCAAGCAGACAAGUCAUGAGAAUAAAGAAAAGCAUUAAUUAGAGGAUUAUUAGUUGAUCCAAUACCAAAUUCUCCAAACUAAAAUCACAAGCACUAUAUGGCAAACAAUAGGGAGAAUUACCAAUGAGACCUUGGGAGUUGAAGGGUUAAUUAACUAUUUAUCUAUUUAUCUGCUUACCUAUUUACCGGACCCUUUUUUCGGCAGGGCUUCUCGAUUUUCUUCUUUCACUGCUUGGGAAAUAGUGAGGUAUGGAUAAAUUCGAGUCUUCAUAAUCUGAAUAUCUUCAACAGGAAAAAAAUGUUUUCUAGCUAAAGGAAAGUCUCUAAUUAGUGCCUCGCAUUCCUCACUUAGAUAAGAGAACGUUUCAAAAGAAGACUUCGACAAGCAUGGCCCUCCCGGCUUCACAAAAUUAAACCCCAAAUGUGA